CAAAGAAACUACUUUUCUCUUCUUUCUUUCUCCUCACAGAGAUUUGGUCCUCUCGUUUUCAUGGGUGUUUUCUCGAAUCUCCGAGGACCCAGAAUCGGAGCUACCCACGACGACUUGCCGGUAGCAAAUGCAUCUUCCUCUUCUUCUUCUACUCCCGCUUCAUCUAUCAAACGAAAACUAUCGAAUUUGUUACCAAUCUGCGUGGCUCUAGUAGUCAUCGCCGAGAUCUGCUUUCUGGGUCGUCUCGAUAAAGUCACUUUAGUCAACACGUUGACCGAUUUCUUCACCCAGUCUCCGCCGAGUAGAUUCGACAAGAACAUCGAAUUGAUGUCGGAGAGCUGUGAAGAGUGGUUGACUAAACAAGACUCAGUGACGUACUCUAGAGAUUUCAGUAAAGAUCCAAUCUUUAUCUCCGGUGGUCAAAAGGACUUUCAAUCAUGUCCCAUAGACUGUACAUUUGAAGAUAGCUCAGGUAGAGCACCAGAUGCUGCGUUUGGAUUAGGACAUCAACCUGGGACUCUCGCUAUACUCCGUUCCAUGGAAUCAGCUCAGUACUAUCCUGAAAAUGAUAUCUCACAGGCACGACGGAAUGGUUAUGAUAUUGUGAUGACUACUAGUCUUUCAUCAGAUGUUCCUGUUGGGUAUUUUUCAUGGGCUGAGUAUGAUAUAAUGGCUCCGGUUCAGCCCAAGACCGAGAAGGCUAUUGCUGCUGCUUUUAUUUCUAACUGUGGUGCUCCCAAUUUUCGACUGAAAGCACUUGAAGCCCUGAUGAAGACUAGGAUCAAGAUUGAUUCUUAUGGCGGUUGUCAUCGGAACCGGGAUGGAGCAGUUGAUAAGGUUGAAGCUCUUAACCGUUACAAGUUUAGUUUGGCUUUUGAGAACACUAACGAGGAGGAUUAUGUCACUGAGAAGUUCUUCCAAUCUCUAGUUGCUGGAUCUGUACCUGUGGUUGUUGGUGCUCCAAAUAUAGAAGAAUUUGCACCAGCUUCAGACUCAUUCUUUCACAUUAAGAGUAUGGAAGAUGUUGAGCCAGUUGCAAAGAAGAUGAAGUAUCUCGCAGCAAACUCUGCUGCUUAUAAUCAGACACUAAGAUGGAAGUACGAAGGUCCUUCAGAUUCGUUCAAGGCACUUGUUGAUAUGGCUGCUGUGCAUUCUUCUUGUCGUCUCUGCAUAUUCUUAGCCACAAGGAUCCAAGAACAAGAAGAGAAAAGCCCUAGUUUCAGGAAACGACCUUGCAAGUGUACCAGGGGAGGUUCAGACACAGUUUAUCAUGUUUUUGUAAGAGAGAGAGGCAUGUUUAAAAUGGAGUCAAUCUUUCUGAGGGGUGAACAUCUGAGUCUAGAAGCUCUUGAAUAUGCGGUUGUAACCAAGUUCAAGUCUUUAAAACAUGAGCCGGUGUGGAAGAAGGAAAGGCCUUCAAGCUUAAAAGGAGGCAACGAGCUUAGAGUACACAGGAUUUACCCGCUUGGCCUCACGCAGAGACAAGCUUUGUACAAGUUCAAAUUCGAGGGGAACUCGAGUCUACGUACUCACAUUCAACACAACCCUUGUGCUAAAUUCGAGGUUGUCUUCGUGUAAGUUUCAUUCCCAAACGCAUAACUGACUGAAAUUAUUACGAUGUCUUAGGCAGUAAUGAAGACGAAACCAUCAGGUUAUCAAAGCCAAGCUGAAAUCGCGUGUUAAUAAAACAAAAUUUUUGAGAAACGGCGUCGUUUGUUGUGAGAUGUUGUUUGUAAUGUUUAAAUUACCAAAC